AUGAUUUUCCUCUCAGAUAUGAUCAUCUCUUAUACAUCUUGGUGGGUCCGACGUCAGAAGGUCGUCCGAUUUGGACAUACCCGUCAACAUUUCCGGAAUCAUGUGUUUCUUGCGGGUCAUAUGAGCACUGAACCUCUCUACACUACGAAGAAACGAAAACGAAAGCUCCCUGAGUCUUCCUCAUCCGGAUCCUCCAGCUCAUCCUCUUCCCCCCAUGUGGCCCUACCUCGCCCCACUACGCAUCGUCUAUCUACCGAUGAAGACCUAUAUUCAGAUCCUCAGAAUCAAGAUACAAACCUGAUCGAAUCCUACAUCUCUCAUCUCGACGCUCAUAUCAACUCCUCCCGUCUCGCACAAUCUGCUCUCUCCAACCCUUACCUUCGUGCGCACUCAAAUCAUAUCCAGUCAUCCCUCAUCGGUCCUACCUUUACCGCGUGGUCAUCAGCAGAGAAACGCUCAUUCUUCUCAUCUCUUUCUAGACAUUCUCGAUAUCGUCCCGCUCUCAUAGCUGAAGAUAUCGGAAAGACCGAAUCAGAAGUGUUAUGGUAUCUCGACUAUCUGUCUCAAGGCGCAAGACGGUUAAAACGACUAGCGAGACAUCAUGAAAAGGGAUCUUUGAAAAGAGGAAGAGUUUGGCGUUCUGGAUUAGCCCCUUCUGCACGGGAAAUACCUCAAGAUGAGAUCGAUUUGGAGGAGAGACUAGCGGAAGAGGUAGAGGGACUGGCGAUGGAAUAUGAGAGAGGUGAAUGGGAAGCUCAGAAAAAGGAAGAUAGACUGAAAGAGGGGUAUGCGGUGGAGACGACAGCUAAGAAGAGCAUAAAAGAGAAUGGAUGGAAUUGGACAAAACUUAGGAAAACCGAGUUACAAAGUCAAUUAGAUAUUAAGUGGGGGAUGGAAGAUUGGACAAGGGAGAUGACUAGAGAAAAGUUGGAAUUGAUAGAUGGGAUUAUGGUUCCUUCUUGGUCGACAUGGCUUUCACAACGAUCAUCUCGUCGAGAUAUUGCACUUCCCCCUUUUUCAGAUAUCAACACGAAGUCAAAUCACUCAUCGUUCGAAAAGAAUCAAGAGCAAAUCGAGGGGCCUGAACAAAUCGAUGAUGACGAGAUAGGUCCAAGGAAAGCGAAGAAAGAUAAGAUCGCCCAUGAAACCGCAGAGAUCAUCAGGUUGAAUUCCAUUCCGAAAAAUAACAGAACAUCAGAGGAAAAAACUCAAUUGCAUUUCUUACAGAAUAAGAAACAAAAUCGUGAACGAUAUCGUACCAAGUUACUUCUCAAUGAAGGCAUGUCAGAAGAACAAAUCAAGAAUGAAGGAGGAGCUGAUAUCAUUUUUGCUCUGAGGGAAAAGCGUCCGAAGAAAGAUUACAGUAAGGAAAUCGAAGCCCGUGCGAGAUCUCGAUCUCUCGGCUUACCCAAACCAUCGACCAAACCUCAAAUCUCCAGUGAAGUGUCGGUGGACAGUGAACCUAGAUUGGACGGGGCCGAAGAUGAGGUUCAGGAUGAAUUAAAGGAAGAUGGAGAUGAUGGAAGAAGUGAGCGGUCAAUGUUGGGCAAAACGGACAGAGAGAAGUUGAGCGAUCGGCAUGCGAUGGAUUGGAUUAUAGGAAAAGGUUGGGAUGUUUUUAACUUUUCAAGAAUGAGAGAAUUGUUGGUAUUAUCCGACACUCAGGGAAUAAGUUCAGAAGCAUUGAAUAAGAUGUACCUCGAAUUAAAGGCAUUCCUCACGAGGCUGGUGUUCGAUACGAUAACCCUUGCGGAAUCUCGACAAUUCUCUACUGGUAGAAUUCGUGAUUCAUCUUCCAGAAAAUCAACACACACUCUGACUCCUGAGGAUGAUAGUGAUAGUUCUGUUCGAUUCGACGGGGAUAACGAUUCUCGGGAUGACACUCCUCGUCCAGGAUCUAGGGGCUGUUCCGAUGACGGGUUAAUAACGGUCGACGAUAUUUACCAAAUCCUCUCUUUACAUGACUCACCGCAUCCCUCUGAACGAAUAGCGAAAACGAUUAGUAAAUGUUCAGGAGUUGAUCUGAAUACGAAACAAUUCUCGUGGUCCGUUCUUCCUCCUGGUGAUUUACCGUGGAACAUGUUACACCUUUAUCCCCCUCUUGCUCCCCUUGUUCCCCUCGAUACCUCCACGAUUAGUACCACUUCUCAUCCAAUCCAUUCAAGUACCCACCUCCACGAUGAUCGAAUUACACACGGAACAAUCUUGGGUUUUAUUGAAGAAGAGGAUUCCCCGGAAGUGAAGGAAGAAGUUAUCAAAUUGCGAAAAUUACUUGAGAGGGAUGUUGAUGAUGGUAUGACAGAAGAUGAGGAUGAAGAGUUAGAUGAGAAGAUGGAAAGGAUGGAUGAAGCUUAUGAUCGAUUACUCCCAUCGGUCACACAAUCGACUGAAAACGAUUGGACAAAUCCAUGGGCGUUUGAAUCUGAUGCACACAUGGAGAUUGACCAUGCGGACUCGAUGAUAUCUCCGAGUAUCUCAGCGAUGACAGCAAUGAAGAGGAUCAGACGGAUGAAGAGGGAAGUGGGUCCGGGGAUCUAG